GAGGCCGCCUUGGCGCGAGACAUUUGCGAGCAGAGUGUCUCCAAGAUGGCCGCUUGGGGAAGGAGGCGUCUUGGCCCGGGCAGCAGUGGCGGCAGCGCCCGAGAGAGGGAAUCAACAGUGUUUGUAAUGAAGAACAUCAGACUCUGAGCUGUAACCUGAAUUCUUGUCCAAAAUUCAGCACCCUGGCAGCGAGCACACGAGACAGAUUGCCACUUGUCCUGUCGGCGUCUCUGAGACACACUUGCCCAUCUAGGAAGGCACAGUGCAGGUGUCUGUGAGUCCUGCCACUCGGGUGCCAACCCGGACCAGCUCACAGACGGUCCCGCCUGUCCCACUCGGGCUGCUCAUCUCCACUCCCUCAGGGCCUCUGAGCCUCCCUGAGUUCUCCGUGAUUGUUGGAAUGGUGAGCUUGUCGGCCACAGACUGUUACAUCGUGCACGAGAUCUACAGUGGGGAGAAUGCCCAAGACCAGUUUGAGUACGAGCUGGAGCAGGCCCUGGAAGCCCAGUACAAGUACAUCGUGAUCGAGCCCACGCGCAUCGGCGACGAGACCGCCCGCUGGAUCACCGUGGGCAACUGCCUGCACAAGACCGCCGUGCUGGCGGGCGCCGCCUGCCUCUGCAGCCCGCUGGCGCUGCCCCCGGAGUAUUCCCACUACAUCUCCCUGCCCGCGGGCGUGCUCAGCCUGGCCUGCUGUGCCCUCUACGGCAUCUCCUGGCAGUUCGACCCCUGCUGCAAGUACCAGGUGGAGUACGACGCCUACAGACUGUCCCGCCUGCCCCUGCACACACUCACCUCGUCCACGCCGGUGGUGCUGGUCCGGAAGGACGACCUGCACAGAAAGAGACUGCACAACACGAUAGCGCUCGCCGCCCUGGUGUACUGUGUAAAGAAGAUUUACGAACUCUGUGCCGUAUGAUUUCAGUACAGCGGGGAGAGGAGCAGUCGGCCCGGCCCAUGAGACACAGCAGAGUACUCAGAUUGCCACCGCAACAGGUUUCUGCUCUGUGAGGCGGCAGCGGAGCCUGGGAAGCUGUUUGGUUUAAUAUUUGUUAUUUUAAAAAAAUAACAGGUCACAGGCGUACCGAGGGGUUUUCAACUCAUUACACUAAGAUGUGGAUUUCCAUAACCCGCAGGGGGUCUGAGCUGUGGAAGUCUGGGAAGACCGGGCGGUGCGGUGUGGACGGCAGUGAGGCUACUGAGGGGGUGUGAAUGCGCUUGCGGGGUGGGGGGGAGGUCCUUAAGUAUAUUGUUUAACUGUACCAUCCAGAGCCAACCAGAAGCUAUUGACCAUUAAAAUUAUGAGAAUUUCAA